AUGAAUACACCAACAAAAUUCGACUUCAAAAAUUAUGAAUUCUGUUCUGAUUUUAGCAUUUUUGUCAUAAAUGAUGAAAAUUCUAUAAUUGGACCAAAAGAAUACAAAGUACAUCGAUUCAUUUUAUCUCAACAAUCUCAAUACUUUAAGGUUCUUUUUGAAUCUUCCCAAAACUUUACAGAACAUAAAUCAAAGUCUGUCACUAUUAAACUUAAGGAUCCAUAUAAUGUAUUUCCAUCAAUUUUGAAUUAUAUGUAUACUGAAAUUCUUUCAGUCUAUGCAGAAUUCCAAGAUUCUGGUUUUGAGAAUAUAAUUUCGGAUAGGUUCCUUGCAAUUUCAUUUGAUAAACUUUGGGAACUUGAUCCUGAUAUAUUUCCUCCUCAAAGAUUAGAACGUAUCUUAAAAUCCGAAUUUGCGAAAUUCAAAAGUGAAGACCAGAAAUUAUCAAUCGUCAAAAAAAUUGUUGAAGAAUAUUAUGGUGAAGAUGGAUAUGAUAUAGAAAUUGAAGAAAGGUGGAAUUUAAUUACUUUAAAUUCAGUUUUACCAUACCCAUUGGAAAAAGAAGAAGGAGAUGAAGGGGAAUUUCAAGAAAUAAAGGCAAUUGAAGGAGUUAGUGAAAGACUUAAACGAAACGCCAAAAUAUACAAUUUGUUCCAAUUAGUAGAUUUUUCUUUGUUAAAUCCAGAUUCUUGGGCUGAUGCUUUUGCUGAUAAAAUGAUACCAAACGAACUGGUUGUUCAAGGAUUAUAUAAAGUGUUAAAAGAUGAUACACAGAAUAAUGAAACUAAUAUUAAAAAUUUUUUGGAUUUUCUAGAUUCAGAAAAUGUCUCAAAAUAUUUUGAUCAAUUUUCUUUCGAAAUAAAAUCCGGUUUUAAUGACAUUACAAUUCAUAUAAAUGAUAAUAAAACUUAUGAAUUUCAUAAGAUCAUAUUAUCAAAAGAAUCAGAAUUUUUUUGUCAACUUUUCUCUUCUCAACAAAUAACCCAUUGGAUAUUUCCUUGGGAUUCACUUCACCCAGAUUUAUCCGUCGGUUUUAUUUCUAUGAUUCACCUCCUUUACGAUCCAAAUUCAAUUACAAUUUUAAAUAAUAUAAAUAAUAAACCUAAUGAUAUUAAAUUUACAAAUAUAAUGAUCCCCAUUUUGACUUCUUCAAUGUUAACUCGUAGUCUUAAUAUUAUUUCCAAAUGUUUUCAAGAUAUUUACAAACAAAAUUAUUUGAAUUUCAUAUUAUUAGGUUGUGGAAAAUUGGAUGAUAAUCUAUCAAAGUUGAGUGAACAUCAAAAAUUUAUUAGAAAAUUUGUAAUAGAAAUUUUAUCCAUGAAAUUCUUAAAAUUUCAUGAUAUUAUUGUAUCAUCUAAAUAUGAUAGUAAUAAUAAUUUAAAAUGCAAAGAUAUUUCGAAAGAUUUCAUUAAAGAAAUAUUGGAGAAGAUCAUAUCGAAAGAAAGAUUGACCGAUGCAACAGAAACAUUAAAGAUUUCAUUAUUUAAUAACGUUUUUGAAGAAUGGUUUCCAAACACCAAUCCCAAAUUCAUCACUUUUAGAAAUUAUUAUAAUACUGAAAUAUUAUUAAUAAGGAAACAACAACAAAAGAAUGAACUUAAUGAAAUCAGACAUUGGAUUACCAGAUAUAUUGAUCAUAAAAAAUUAAAAAUUUGUGAUAUUAAAACCCUCUCAAAAAAAUGGUGGAUGCCUUCAGAUCUGUUCAAUGCUUGGUUAGUAGAAUUAGCCAAAGAGAAAAUAAAUACCACCAGAGAACCAAUUAUAAAUGCCAUAUGA